AGACAGUCUGUACAGAAGAGCUAACCACAAAGCAGCCUACCGCACAGGAAGGAGCAGCAGUGCCGUCUGAAGUCCUGUUUAUUUCACUGAUGUGACGACAGGAGUGUGUGAGGAAGGUUGGCGCAGCUGGUAUUCAUUUGGAGGACAUACACACAACCGGACAUGGAUUAUUGGUGCCCGUCUUCACCGCUUUGGAUUUAGUGAAGACACGGCACAACCCUGCGCCUCUUUCCGUCUCUCCUCCCCGCUGUAGAAGUGAGUGCGCCAAGAACAGGUGGAUCCUGUUUCUGUGUUCAGUUUAAUCCCCCUCCAUCCACCUGUCACCUUUAUGGGGAACCAGGUGGAGAAACUAACGCAUUUAAAUUACGCAGAGGUGCCAACGUCGGACCCAAAUGGGUUCGACCCGGAGGACGACGCACCGCGGAUCGGCGUCUCUUACAUUUUCUCCAACGAUGACGACGACGACCAUGACGACAAUUUGGACCGCUUUUCAUCAGAUAACCACAUGGUAAACCAUGAGGAGAAGCCCUUCGACCCACAGGACGAGCUGGAUUGCGCGAUUUACUACCGAGAAGAGUGCGUGUACGAGACCAACACCGGAGCCGCGACUCACUCUGCGGAAAGUCUCCUGAACAAGUGCAGACCCGGAGACCUGCUGGAGUUUGUGGCCACUGGGCAGUAUCCUCACUGGGCUGUUUACGUCGGGGACUUCCAGGUGGUUCAUUUGCACAGGGCUGAGAUAAAGAACAACUUUCUCACCGAUGUGAGCCUGGGGAAAAAAGGCAGGAUAGUGAACGGCCUCUACAGGUACCGUGCGCUCCCGCCGGAGGUGAUUGUGCGCAACGCCCUGGACCACGUUGGUUCGAGAGACAGAGAGCUGUACUGGAGGAACUCUGAGUGCUUUGCAGCCUGGUGCCGCUUUGGCAAACGGGAGUUUAAAAUCGGAGGGGAGAUAAGGAUAGGAAAGCAGCCGUACAGGUUGAAAUUACUCUUUUCAGAGAAGAAGAGUCACGUCCUGGAGUUUCAGAGCCUGGAGGACGUGAUCAUGGAAAAGAGGAGGAACGAUCAGAUUGGUAAAAAUGCUGUGAUGCAAGAGCUGGCCAACCACCUGAACGCAACACAUGAAAUCAAAGAGGAGCACUUUGCCAACUGAUGGAGAAUGCUCUCUUGCUUUAGGUUAAAGGACGUGUUUAGUGGAAAAUGAACUUUUCAUGCUGAGAAACAAAGCAUGUGUUGUGGAGGGUGCAUUUAACCCCCAGUGCACCUAAUAAGAGCUUUGUCUGUGGGCUUGUGUGCAUGUGCCACGCUGAAAAGAAAAGUGCAUCUCAAGAGGGAGUUACAAAUAAUUUUCUUCCACCAGAAUGAGAUGGAAAGCCCUGACACCCAGGGUGACACUUGUUUCAUUCUCAAGUGCAUUAGCAAAGCAGAUCACAGGGGUCGGAAAUAAGUGACAAUUGUAAGGGCAAAUGUCCUCCCUCCAUCUAAGAAAAAUGAGCUUUCACACAUUCAGCUGAAGAUAAAGUGACUUGUUAUGAUGGAUACGUUUGUGUCGGAGCUGCACCUGCAGUCUAAUCAUCUGAGGAUGAAGUCAGAAUUUAAUUGCCCAUAAUUAUCUUUCUAAUCCAAUGAAUCUUUGCACAGAGGAGCAAAACCUCUCCAAUGUACUUCUACCUGAUGAGAGUGCUUAAAGCGCUUGCUCCCGUACAACUCAGGUGAUGAUGAUCAAUACAGAUUGGACGAGAGACUUGGAUUUAUUGUGUGUCAACCUUGAGGAUUCCCUUCUGUUGCUUUAUGUCCAAUCAUCACACAGCUUUACCCACUCUGUGACUGCUCAGUGGACACAGUCAUGACUGUGCACUUUUACUGAUUCACCCGAUUCAACAGUUUAUUUUUUUGGAAAGAAAAAGAUGUUUGUAUAAAGAUAUAUUGAAAUAAAUAUAUAUUUGAACAGUAAA